GACGUGGGCUCCAUCUGCACCACUGUCCCCAAAGCCAUGCACAAUUCCCUCCGGGACACCAGGAACAUCUCCUACAAAGGAUGUGCUGCAGAGUUCUUUCUGUAUGUAUUUUUCAUUUCAGCAGAGUUUUCUCUCCUGACCGUCAUGUGCUACGAUCGCUACGUGUCCAUCUGCAAACCCCUGCACUACGGGACCCUCCUGGGCAGCAGAGCUUGUGCCCACAUGGCAGCAGCUGCCUGGGCCAGUGCCUUUCUCUAUUCACUGCUGCACACAGCCAAUACAUUUUCCCUGCCCCUGUGCCAUGGCAAUGCCCUGGGCCAGUUUUUCUGUGAAAUCCCCCAGAUCCUCAAUCUCUCGUGCUCCAAAUCCUACCUCAGGGAACUUGGGCUCAUUGUGGUUGGUGCAUCUUUAGGUUUUGGUUGUUUUGUGUUCAUUGUUUUCUCCUAUGUGCAGAUCUUCAGGGCUGUGCUGAGGAUCCCCUCUGAGCAGGGACGGCACAAAGCCUUUUCCACCUGCCUCCCUCACCUGGCCGUGGUCUCCCUGUUUGUCAGCACUGGCACAUUUUCCUACCUGAAGCCCCCCUCCAUCUCCUCCCCAUGCCUGGAUCUGGCCCUGUCAGUUCUGUACUCGGUGGUGCCUCCAAUCCGCAUUCCUGCGGCCCUGAUCAUCCUCACUUCCUCAGCGCUGAACAAAAUUUUUAAAAUAGAGUUCAGCUCUCCCCAGGUGUAA